CACGAUGCAGACGCUCCCUAGCGCCGACUGUUUCCCCCCUCCCCCACCCGCAAAGCUCCUGUUUCACUCAAAGAUGGCGUCAGCUCUGGAGCCACUGCUCUCUGGCUGCAUUUUUCGGGCUUGUUGUUGUCUGUGUUUCGAGCGCUUUCUGGCACCUUCUCCUCGGCCAUUCGAGCCGGAAUUCUGGUUACAGGAGUUUCUGAAGAAUACCCAGUAGGAAGAUGGUCAGCCUACGUCGCUUCCUGGAGUGAGAGCUCUGUUCAGGACCGCUUGUUCCAAAAGCGCUAGGAGGAUCGACAAGGAAGGAACGAACUGCUGGACAGUAUUUUCACACUUGCGUUUCCCCAACAUAAGAAACCGAAACUCACCGAAAGUGCUGUCACAAUUCUUAACAAAGAUGCUCCAUCUAAACGGAUAACAAUAACUGUCAGAAUCGAGGAUUCUACUUUACGGACUGCUUUUGAGAUGGGCAAAUAAGACGACACCCAAGGCUCUUGCAACUUUUUCUCCUGGAGUAGCUGUUGCAUACCUCACCUCUUUGCUUUGGUGUGGCAGCCCUUCAGGAGGAAGGGUCACUGGGUUAGGGGAAUCUUUUCGAGGUUGGGGGGGGGGAUUUAGGGAGCCUAUGCUAUGGUGAUCGGCUCCCUCACUAACAGCUCCUGCUCAGGCACAGAGAGAAUUACUACACCUCCCCGGGACAAAGGAUAGCCUCCUGGAAGAAGAGAGAGGAGGAGGAGGACAACGACGUUGAGGCAGCGCCAGGGCCGAGGCCGCUGGGUGCUCCCUAGCGGUUGUGAGAGUGUGUUGGGCUUUGGCCCAGCAGUAUUACAGCAGCCAUGGUGAAGCUGGCAAACCCGUUAUACACCACCUGGAUCUUGGAAGCCAUCAAGAAGGUGAAAAAGCAAAAACAGCGACCGUCCGAAGAACGCAUCUGCAAUGCUGUGUCAAUGUCCCAUGGGCUUGACCGCAAGACGGUUCUGGAGCACCUUGAGCUCAGUGUUAAAGAUGGCUCCAUACUCAAGGUGUCCAACAAGGGGCUCAACUCAUACAAGGACCCCGAUAACCCUGGACGUUUAUCGCUCCCGAAACCCAGGGCGGCAGGAGGUGGAGGCAGUUCCAGCACCUCCAGCUCCAGCAAAAAACCAGGCUUGGACUGGAACAAACUCAUCAAGCGCUCUCUGGAGGGGCUUCACGAACCUGGUGGAUCAUCCCUAAAGAGCAUCGAACGCUUUCUGAAGUGCCAGGCAGAUGUUGCAGGUUAUCUGUCUGGCAGUGGCUCUAUGGGGCCAGGCAUUUUCCACCAGCAGCUCCGCCUUGCUCUGAAGCGGGCCGCGGCUCACGGGCGGGUGGUAAAACAAGGUCCGCUCUUCCGGUUGGUAAGCAGGAGUUCUCAUAAUGACGGGACGGGCUGUGUGUCUCUGGAUUCUCUGCCUCCGGUGCGUCUGCUGCCCCACGAACAAGAUAGGGUGAGCUGA